UCUGCUCCAGCAGAUGUGAGCCACUGUCACCACUGCUGAAAUGCACCACCCACCACCCCACUGUGCUCACUGCAACUGUUUGGUCUCCAAGUGUUCAGUGAGCAUUGAUGAAUGUCAAUAGGUGCAAGUGUUUCCUCAUGGAGGAAUUCAGUUACACCCCAUUGCUUCACACACACACUUCCAUGCCAGAUGUCAUUCUGUCUGACUGUCCCUCUGUUGCCAUCUGUCACACAGCAACAAAAUGGAACAGAAUGUUGGUGGGAAAGUUCAGCCUGUACUGCCAACAGAUUCUGACAUUGUGGGCCAGCAAAAUAGGAGGCAUUACUUUCAGAGCAGUCCUCAUAUGUUGAAUCUUUCAACAGAUUUCCUUUCUAGCGCCUCUGUGAUGUAAUGAAAGACACAAAGGGACAAUAAGUAGCCCUCUUUUCACAAAGUGUUCAUCAGUGCAUCCUACUUAGCAAAUGCUACUCGCAGUUGCUGGUUUGACCAAGAGAUGGCACUAUCCGUACACAGCCACUGCAGUGCGGUGAUGUGAGGAAACAACCUGCUCGAAUCUCUGAACCAAGAGAGUGGUUUAGACAAACUAACACAUAUUCUGCAGAGGUGCAUUUAAAAAAAAUACUGAUCAGUGAAGAAAGUCUGUUUGAGCGCGAUCAAUGGCUUAAAUCUUACAUACACUUAAAGAGCAUGGAUCAGCAACUAUAUAUACUGAGUACAGCCCUUUAUAAUAAAAAGUUCAAAACAUUAACACUAAAGUCAUUUACAGUUGAUACAGAAAAAAAACAUGAACAAUUAAAAAAAAAUCACAUUAUUUUCUGGACAUCUCCCCACUGCCCACAGAGUCUUUCCUGAUUUCUGCAAAUCUGGUGACCUCCAUGUUUAGUAAUAAAAGUCAAAGUAGUCAAAGCUUGUCAUGAGUCAGCAACGUGCCCUUGCUGCAAAGGAGGCUAAUAGUAUCCUGGGCUGCAUUAGGCAGAGCACUGCCAGCAGAUGGAGGGAUCCUUCCACUCUACUCUGCACUAAUAAGACAACACCCUGAGUACUGUGUCUGGUUCUGGGCUCUCCAGUACAAGAGAGACAUGAGACUACAGGUACAGUUCAACAAAGGGCCACAAAACAACGAAGGCACAGGAACAAUUCACAUAUAAGGGAAGUCCUAGAGCUGUGGGGCUUCUCAACCCAGAGAACAGAGGGCUCAAUGCAUAUAAACACCUGAAGCAAGCACAUAAAGACUGAGCCAAGCUCUUUUCAGUGGUGCCCACUGACUGGACAAGAGGGAAUGGGCACAAACCAAAAGAAAGGAGGUUCUGUCUGAACAUCUGAAAAUGCUUUUACUGUGAGGGUAGCUGAGCUAUGGAAAAGGUUGCCCAAAUAAGCUGUGGAAUCUCUCACUUUGGAGAUAUCCUAAAGUCAUCUGGACACAGUCCUGGACAGCUUCUUCAGCCUGGCCCUGCUUCAGAUGGGAAGGUUGGACAACAUGACCUCCAGAGGUCCCCUUCCAACAACAAUCAGUCUGGAAUUCUGUGAAUGUACAUUUAUAUGUUAUGUAGAAAUAUAUGUAUAUAACAAUCACUAUAUUUACAGCACAGCCUCAAUUAUAUAUUAUUGUAUAUAAUACAUGAUAUACGUGCACAAUAUAUUAUAUUGUAUUUAAUAUACAUAGAAUUGAGGUGAUGCUGCAAGUAAGAGAUUUCAUAUUUUUCUUGCUUAAAUGCAUCAGAUAAGCUACUGUAAAGUUUAAUACUCAAAUAAUAAGAAAAUUGGAAAGCUCACUGGACUAUAUUUAGCAGCAGCUAUUGAGUAUAAAUCCAAAUCUCAUUCUGGAAUGACUGCAGCUACUUCCAAACGCAUCACUGCAUUUUUAAGAGUUGGGUCCCUUUCUCUCAUUGUACGUGUCUACACUAAUCUCUGCUUGCUAUUUUAUGUUUCUGUCAUUCAGUAUCAGCAUAUUCCCCUACAACUUCUCCAAAGCUGCCACCUUCAUCUUUAUUACUCAGAAUAACUGAGCACACUUUGCCACCUUUUUCUUGGUUUCCCAAAUUAUUCAUGAACCUGUAGAAGAUGAUGGACUUCUGCAAACCACUGGCGACUCGUUCCUCUGUGAAAAGUUUAUUAUUGCUGUCUUACUUUCUGUCUUUUGACCAUUUAUCAAUACAGUGACCUCCCUUCCUUCCAUCUUAUAGCAACUUUCUCAUGUAUUUAGUCCAAGCCUUCGGUGUGAUGUUUUUGAAUAAUCUGCAUUACACUGCAGAAAUUCUACUUUUCACAGUUUUUGCUUUUAGCAAGUUUCCUCAUUUAACUGGCUUCAUAUUUUUAAAUUAGGCACAAGUGCACUGGCCAUACUGACUUUCUGUUUACUCACUGAAGGGUUUAGGAUCUAAGUACCUUACAGUCACUGGUAGAGAGCAGCUCUUCUUCAAGGCUAACACUUAAAAGUGCAUUCUGUUCAUAGUUGAGGGCCAAGUUAAAAUUUGCAUUUCCUAUUCUGGGGUCUGUAACACACAGUUCUUUGAAGAAGAGGUUUUUAAAGGCUUCACAUCGAUUGUGGAAUUUAACCUUAUCCAUACCAAAGAAAAGUCACCUUUUCAACUCUAACAUGGCCUGACAGAUAAGAGCCCUCAACUUCUGCACAGCAGGCCAGCAAGAUAAGCUGAAGGAGAAGGGACAACAUCACGACACACCCUUUAUAAAGAAACUAAGCAAACAACUUUGCAAGUAGAUUAUUUUUAAAGAAAGCUGAAGGAAGGAGACAUCACCCACCAGAUCAAGUGGAGCUGAAGACUGCCACCGUACAAGGGAAGGAGCCAUGGGCCAAGGUCUGAGUGUCAAAAAACAUGAUCUUAAGAUCAUAAUGAACAACAGUAAUCACCACACAGAAGAAAUCAGCAUUGAAAGGCUUAUUGUGAGGCGGGGGCAGCCUUUCAUUAUCACAGUGAGCUUCUCAUCUCCACUACACAACUACCUGAAGCAUCUGAAAAGGACCUUCCUCUCUGUACAGACAGCAGGACCACAGCGCUCUAAAGCAGACAGAACCCAGGUUAAGUUUCCCAUCUCCAGCCUGGGAGACCAGAAGCAGUGGAGUGCAAAACUAGAAGAACAGGACCCAUAUUCCUGGACCAUCUCUGUGAACACACCUGCCAAUGCUCCCAUUGGCCAGUAUGAUCUGUUUUUACAUGCCUCCAAGGCUUACCGUCUCCUGGGAAAAUUCAUCCUUCUCUUUAACCCUUGGUGUCGAGAUGAUGAAGUGUUUUUGCCUAAUGAGGCGCAGCGGCAGGAGUACAUUUUAAAUCAAGAUGGUGUCAUCUACUGGGGGACUGAAAAUGAAAUCCUGGCCCAGCCCUGGGACUUCGGACAGUUUGAUGUGGGUAUUCUGGACAUCUGCUUCAGGCUGCUGGACACAGGUGAAGGCUACCAACAAGACAAGGAUCAGAUGCAGCGCAAGAACCCCAUUUACAUCUGCCGCACAGUUGCUGCCAUGAUGAACUGCAAUCUGUCUGGAAGAAUCCUGACAGAAUCUGGGACCAGAGAAUGCUAUGAUGGGACACCUCCUUCCAAGUGGCUGGGCAGCAGCUCCAUCCUCCAACAGUGGGUUACACUGCAGAACCAACCUGUUCGCUAUGGGCAGUGCUGGGUGUUUGCUGCAGUCAUGUGCUCAGUUCUGAGAUGCCUGGGAAUUCCCACCAGGGUUGUCACAGGCUUCACAUGGGCUCACAACACUAACAGCAACCCAAAUGUGAACGAGUAUUAUGAUGAAGAUGGGAUACUGCUUACACCUGACAAAAGUGCCCGUGUCUGGACUUAUCACGUUUGGAAUGAAUGCUGGAUGGCUCGAACAGACUUGUUACCAGAGUACAGCGGAUGGCAGGCACUGGAUGCCACCUGCCAGAAGAAAAGCAAAGGCCCUUCAUUUUGUGGGCCAGCUCCUGUUCAGGCCAUUAAGGAGGGGGACAUGGAAGUGGAUUAUGAUGUCUGCUACUUCUUUGCUGCCAUGAAUGCCAAGUGCAAGGUCUGGAUACACAAGGCAGAUGACAUCUUCAAGCCAGCUUUCAUCUGGACAAAGUAUACUGGCAACAACAUCAGCACCAAGAGCGUGGGCAGUGAACGCUGUGAGGAUAUCACACACAACUACAAAUAUCCUGAAGGCUCUCUUCAAGAAAAAAAAGUACUUGACAAAGUCUACAGAAAGAUAAAGACACUCCAGGCAAUCAGCAGCAGGAGAGAGAUUAUCUCUGUUCCUCCUGCCCUUGAAGAGCAAGUUAUCCUUUUUAUCCACCUCCAGUCCAAGAGUCCUCUGAUACUGGGACAAGAUAUUCCACUUUCCAUUGAAGUGUUUAACUACAGUGGUAGAGAAAAGGCUACACACCUGGUACUUGGAGUCCAGUCUCUACAUUAUAAUGGUGUUCCCGUUAUGCAACUUUGGAAGGAAGAGUUUAAUUUUAUCAUCAGAAACAAUGAAGUUAAAACCCUCCAAGUCUUUGUGCCUUACUCGUGGUAUGGAAAAGAGCUGGGACAGAACCGUCUGCUUAGGCUGACUGCCAUGCUGAGAGAUGAGGACUCCUACAUGUACUUUGCACAAGAAGAGAUAAGCAUCUGUGAUCCGCCUCUGACUAUUGAGUUUCCAGAAAACGUGGUACUGUACCAGCCAUCCACUGUGAAGGUCAGCCUCCUGAAUCCUCUCACUGAACCCCUGGAGAAGUGUGUGAUAAUGGUUGGAGGGCGAGGGCUCAUUUACAGACAAAGAAAGUACAGGCUGGGUUCUGUGCAACCUAACAGCACUCAAGACUUGCAUAUCUCAUUCACCCCUACUGAAGCAGGGCCAAGAAGACUCACUGCACAUCUUACAUGCCUUCAAAUCCAGAACCUGAAGAGCUACAAAAGUAUCAACGUUGCAGCUGCAUGAUGUCCAAUUUAGAACAGAUUCUGCUAUCCUAUUUACAAGAGUGGUCAUGAUCUGUGCCCUAACCUUUGUUGAGCAUUGAUAUUAAAAAAUUAAAUAAAAUCAUAUAAUUAUUAUAAUCCCAUCAUAUAAUAUAUAUUAUAAUCCCAUCUAUCAACUAUAUCCACUCUCGGGUCCGGGAAGCUGAACUUUAUUGUGAAAAAGAUUGGUAAUGUUCUCAAGCAGAUACCAGGUUUCUGUGUGCAUUCCUGCUGAACACACUAGUGCUUAGUCAUUCUUUCACUCCUGUGGCAAAAAAAACCCCACACUGUAGAACUUUAAAGUGACAGAUGUAGCACUCCUCUAGAGAAAUAUUCUUAUCUCCUACAGAUUCUUGAAGUUGGUAAUACAGUAGUAUUUUUUACCUCUUUCUUACGGAAUAAAGAGAGGAAUAGCAUUCACUCUUUCCUAAGGUUAGACAG